AUCCUCGAAGGCCCGCCCACUCUCUGAGACUCAGGCGAGACGAGCACAACGUAAUCCAGCUGUUUCCGCAGCUACAAUGACGACCAACACCAGGUACAAGAGCCGGAUGAUCAAAUCAGAGGAUGGAGAGGAUAAAGACUACGUGGGCUUCGCCACUCUACCCAACCAGGUGCACAGGAAGUCUGUCAAGAAGGGCUUUGACUUCACACUGAUGGUGGCAGGAGAGUCUGGCUUGGGCAAGUCCACUCUGGUGAACAGCCUGUUUCUCACGGACCUCCACAAGGACAGAAAACUACUGAAUGCUGAAGAGCGGAUUAGCCAGACAGUGGAGAUCACCAAGCACACUGUGGACAUCGAGGAGAAGGGGGUGAAGCUCAAACUGACCAUCGUGGACACGCCUGGCUUUGGGGACGCCGUCAACAACACAGAGUGCUGGAAGACGAUAACGGACUACGUCGACCAGCAGUUUGAGCAGUACUUCAGAGACGAGAGCGGCCUCAACAGGAAGAACAUCCAGGACAACCGCGUCCACUGCUGCCUCUACUUCAUCCCCCCGUUUGGCCACGGCCUGCGUCCCGUGGACGUGGAGUUCAUGAAGGCCCUGCAGGAGAAGGUCAGCAUCGUGCCCCUCAUCUCCAAGGCCGACUGCCUGACGCCAGCCGAGAUACGCAGAAUGAAGGACAGGGUGAGGGAGGAGAUUGAGCAAUUUGGGAUCAAGGUGUACCAGUUUCCGGACUGUGAUUCUGAUGAGGAUGAAGAGUUUAAGCAGCAGGAUCGGGAACUGAAGGAGAGCACCCCUUUUGCAGUGAUUGGGAGCAACACAGUGGUUGAGGCAAGAGGCCAGAGGGUUCGAGGCCGACUGUACCCCUGGGGCAUUGUGGAAGUGGAGAACCCAUCCCAUUGUGAUUUUGUGAAGUUGCGGAACAUGCUGAUCCGCACGCACAUGCACGACCUGAAGGACAUCACCUGUGACGUCCACUAUGAGAACUACAGAGCUCAGUGCAUUCAGCAAAUGACCAGUAAGAUGACGCAGGAUAACCGCGUGGAGAGCCCCAUCCCCAUCUUGCCUCUGUCCACUCCGGACGUGGAGACGGAGAAGCUGAUCAAGAUGAAAGACGAGGAGCUGAGGAGGAUGCAGGAGAUGUUACAGAAGAUGCAGCAGCAGAUGCAUGAACAGGACCUGUGAGAAGACGUCGGUGACGAGACAUACUAGCCAGACCUGUGAGAAGACGUCGGUGACGAGGUGUACAAGCUGGACCUGUGAGAAGACUCAAUUGGAGAGAUAACCAAAGCAACGGAGCUCAACAGAUGUCAGAGCAGAGCAGAACAACAGCCAGGGAACAUGUGCUCGACACACCAUGCCGAAAAUACACACAUUAUCAUAAACACACAGCCAAGGAAUACACACUGGACACACCAUGUGCAAAAUACACACAUUAUGUAUAUACACACAAGGAAUACACACUGGACACACCAUGCAUAAACUAUAGGCACUAUGCAUACACAUACACAUACACAUACACAAACACACACACACACACACACACACACACACACACACACACACACACACACACACACACACACACACACACACAUCCUGGAUAGACAUCAAACACUGCAAGCAUUACUCAACAUCCAAGGACUUGACUGUAAAAAAACACCACACCACUCUCCAUGUACACAGUGGUUAGAGAGAGACUCAGAAUACACAUAAACAUACACACACACACACACACACACACACACACACACACACACACACACACACACACACACACACACACAUCCUGGAUAGACAUCAAACACUGCAAACAUUACUCAACAUCCAAGGAAUCGACUGUAAAAAAACACCACACCACUCUCCAUGUACACAGUGGUUAGAGAGAGACUCAGAAUACACAUAAACAUACACACACACACACACACACAC